AUGAGAAUUAGGGCUCACAACGAAGACCAUUUGUUCGUGGAAGUUCUAAGUGCAAGACAAAGACCAUCACGUGCUCGUGGACGUAACGAAUUGACCUUGGACGUCAGUGAAGAAUAUGUUUCGUAUGUUGUUGCUUUGUUGUUUUGUGAUGGGUAUCGUUUAUGGUGUGUUGAUGCUUUGGAUUUCUGUGAUUUGUUUAAAAGAAGUGGUCCCAAUAAUUGUAGUAGGUGUGUUGAUGUGUACAGUGUCGUAAUAAUAGCAUCAGUGAAAGAGUUAGGUCAUACAGACAUUAAAGAACUAUGGUACAGUUUAGGAGGACAGUCAGUGGUGCCAGAGAGGUUGGAAUUAUUGACUGAUGAUAGGGGUGCUUUGCAUAUGGUUAAUAUUGCAAUGUUAAAUGAUGAAGUUCAUUUGGACGUUGUUCAUAAUAGGAAUGAACCAGAAAUAAUUGAAAUGAUUGAAUGGGUUGAUGGUGCUGUUAAUGAUGAAGUUGAUGUUGCAACACAAGUGGAGGGUGAAGGUGAGGUUCAAGUUCAAGUGGAGGGUCUGGUUGAGGGUCUUGCUGAGGGACAGGUUAAGAGAGAGACUGAGUGUGAGGCUGAAGUUGUAACACAAUUGGAGGAGGGUCCUGCUGAGCGAGAACUUUCUAAAGAGGUUGAGAGAGAGGUUGAGGGUGAAGGUUUAACACAAUUGGAAGAGGGUCCUGCUGAGGGAGAAGUUGAGAAAGAGGUUGAGAGAGAGGUUGAGAGAGAGGUUGAGAGAAAGGUUGAGUGUAAGGUUGAGGAUGAUUUCGAGCUAGAAGAUGUAGAAGAAGAUGAGGAUGAGGAUGAAAAUAUAGAAGAUGAUGAGGAUGAAAAUUUAGAUGAGUGUAGUAGUGAAGAAAGUCUAGUUGAUGUGACCAUUCAGUGUGAUAACAUUGGUAGUUUUAAAAGAAAUGUGAGUGAAGAACAACCCUGCAGUUCAUGGACAAGUGGUAAUGAUGACAUGAAUGAUGUACGUGGUAUAUCUGACAAUGAGUGGGUGUCAGAGGAGUUGGAUAAUGGUCCAGAUAGUGAGGAUGAAAGCUCCAUUCCUAGAACUAUGUUCCCCACAUUUAGCAUGCCUAAAAGUUUGGGAGAAUAUAAGUGGGAAGUUGGAACUUAUUUUACUGAGAAAAAGGAAUUCACAGAGGCCAUUAGGACAUAUGCACUAAGUAAUGGUCAAAAUUUAAAAUUCUUAAAGAAUGACAAGAAGAGGCUAAGAAAAGUGAUUAAUGAACACACUUGUAGCAGAGAUUUUAAUGUGAAGUUGAUCACUUCUAAGUGGUUGAGUAAAAGGAUGGAAAAAUUUGUUAGAGAGAACCCUAACAUGAAAGUCAUGGACAUUAGGGAUAAAGUUAGUAGGAAAUGGAAUGUUGGAAUCUCUAGAAAUAUGGCUUUUAGGGCAAGAGCCAUGACAAAAGAUAAUGUUGAUGGUUCAUUCAAGGAACAAUAUAGAAGAAUCCAUGAUUAUGGGCAUGAGCUUCUUAGGGCAAAUCCAGGCUCAACAGUCAAAAUAAAGGUUGAAAAUAGUAAUGGGGAGUGUAUCUUCAAUAGAAUUUAUGUAUGCUUGAAAGCAUACAAAGAUAGUUUCAUUAGUUGUAGACCCAUCAUUGGGUUGGAUGGGUGGUUUCUCAAAGGCAAGUAUGGAGGGGAAUUACUAACAGCUGUGGGAAGAGAUGCAAAUGAACAAAUUUUGCCCAUUGCAUAUGCUGUUGUUGAGGUAGAAAACAAAGACUCAUGGACUUGGUUCUUGGACCUACUCAUUGGGGAUCUUGGUGGGGAAGUUGGUCUGUUAACAGCCAUUGAUGCACUUCUACCUGGGGUAGAACAACGAUUUUGUGUUAGACAUAUGUACUCAAACUUUAGAAAGCAAUUUCCUGGAAAAGACCUUAAAUGUUUGAUGUGGACAGUAACAACAACCACAUAUCCACAACUAUGGGAGGCUGAAAUGAUGAAAAUCAAAGACAUCAAUUUAGAAGUGUUUAAGUAUUUGAUUGUAAUUGCACCAAGAUAUUGGUCAAGAUCUAGAUUCACUUCUAGAUCACAAUGUGACACUCUUGUCAACAACAUGUGCGAGGGAUUCAACAGUGUGCUAGUUCACACUAGGACUAAACCAAUUAUCACCAUGUUGGAAGAGAUUAGGGUUUAUAUCAUGAAGAGAUGGGCUAAGAACAGGACGAAGAUGACACUAUAUCAAGGUAGUGUGUGUCCUAAGGUUCUCAACAGAUUUCAAAAGCAAUCAUGGUUAACCAGAUAUUGGUUACCAAGAUGGUCAUCAGAUCAGUUAUUUGAAAUCAUCCACAUUUCACAAUUUGGGGAGCAAUUUAUUGUCAACCUUGACAAGAAUGAAUGCAGUUGUAGAAAAUGA